GUGUUAUGUUUUGUGCUAUUUAAGAAGCACUUACUAUAUGAUCACUCACAUAUGUCUCAACCUACCAUCAAUAUAUACAUGUCAUGCAUAUGAUCAACCUUAUUAUAAUUAAUACAAAAAAUUUCAUUUAGCUACUUCUAGCUUAAUUCCUUAUUAUCACAUUUCAUAUCUCAUCACUUUCAACUAAAACAAUUCUUUCACCUUUGAAUCAUGACUGCAGCAGCACAUAUUGCUCGAACAGUUGUUGGAAUUAUAGGAAAUAUAAUCUCAGGCUUCUUGUUCUUGUCCCCAGUGCCAACUUUUAUAGAGAUAUGGAAGAAAGGAUCAGUGGAACAAUUUUCACCAGCACCAUACUUAGCAACACUUGCCAAUUGCAUGGUGUGGACAUUGUACGGUCUACCCAUGGUGCACCCGGAUAGCGUGCUUGUGGUAACCAUCAACGGCUCAGGCUGUGUGGUUGAGAUCAUAUAUGUCACGCUCUUCUUGAUUUACUCUAACCGCAACAAACGACUCAAGGUCUUUCUGUGGCUAGUUGUCGAACUCAUUUUCAUUGCAACUCUUACCUUCGUUACAUUGAGACUUGUCCACACCGUCAAGAAACGUUCUGCAAUUGUUGGUACCACCUGCAUUAUCUUCAACAUUAUGAUGUAUGCUGCACCUUUAGCUGUCAUGAAAUUGGUGAUCAUGACUAAAAGCGUUGAGUACAUGCCGCUUUCUAUAUCUCUUGCUUCCUUUGGAAAUGGCGUCGCAUGGACCACUUAUGCUCUCAUUGAAUUCGACCCAUUCAUCACUGUACCAAAUGGGAUUGGAACAUUGUUUUCUGUGGCGCAACUGAUUCUAUAUGUCACCUAUUACAAAUCCACAAAAAUGCAGAUAGCGGCUAGAAAAGCCAACAAAACAGAGGUGGACCUGUCGCAGGUUGUGGUUGGCAAUAGUGACCAACGAUCCAAGACAAAUCAUUGACCAUGAUGGAUUAAAUUAAUGACCAGUCUUUAUCCUUUCACCAUUGCUACUAUUAAAUUAAUGUCCUAUCCUCUUUUGUUUCCAACCUUGUUGGAAUGUUUUGUUUUCAACGAUGCAAUACCAUCAUUGCCUGAAGCAAUGUCUGAAGCUCAUUAAGUGAAAGUAUUGAACACCUUUUUGCAUCUUUUGGGUUGAAUACCGGAACUUUAACUUCUAAAUAUCUUAAAUAUAUUCACAA